AUGGAUAAUUAUUCAUCAAAAAAUCAUCAAAUACAACCUGACUUUCGUGAUUUUGAUAUUUUAUACAAACAACAAACUAACAUUAAAUCAUCCUCUAACAAAAAGAAAAGUUUUUUUGGAGUUCCGACUGUUGAAAGUACUUCUACAAUUGAUAAAGGAAUACCCCAACGAUCAAAUUCAUUAGAAUCAAAUGAUUCAAAUAUUUCUAGUGCUGUAGAUGAUAAUACAAGAAGACCAUCAAUUACUCAAAUGUUUACUGGAUUUUUUAAAUCAAGUGUAGACAGUGAUUUGGAUAGAAAAAUUUCUUUGGAUGAUUAUAUGAAUACAAGAAGAAAAGAAAGCAUCAAUGGAGAUGGAUUUUCAAGACAAGAUUAUAUGACAAAGAAUUUAGUUGACAGUUUAAAAAUUGGAAAGCCUAAAUUUUAG